UUUCGUAUUAACAGUGUUGCGAUUUUUUAGCGUUUAUUCAAGAACAGAAAAUAUCGUUACUGAUUGCAAUGAACCAUUUUUCUUUAUAUUAUGGUGUCGCUGGGAAAACAGUCGUGUAUUUUUAUCAGGGCUGGACAGAAACCGCGUAGUAAUUUCAUUUUCGGUUGGACGUAUGAAAUAGUUUACCUUUUUUCGACUGCUGAAGAGCUCUACAGAUUCGUUGAGAAAUAUUUUGGCAAAUUUUUUUUAAUAAUUAUUGAACUAUUUUUGUGCGAAUUUCACCAAUAUCGUGAAAGUGAAGCAAAUCAUUUCGAAUUUUUUUGUUUUGGUUUUUAUUGCUGUGAGGAAUGGACAAAUGGAGGAAAACAAGAUUUUCCAAGUACAGCCGAUGUAGGUCAAGCUGCAGAUUUUCCAAAGAAUUCGGGUGCAAUUGGCAUCUGUAUGCUUAUAUUCACAGUAACAAAUUGACCGUACUUAAAUAUUCAUUUUGCAUAUUUAGCUUAUUUAAAAAAGGUGAUAAUCGUUGUGAUGCUGGGAAAGACGAAAUUAGAUCCGGUUCGGAAUGAAAUAUAUCAUUGUAAUAUUUUCGCAUCGAUCCGCCAGAAAAAGUAAAUUUUUAGAACUUGAACAAAUCUCAUCGUUGUUUUUUAACUGAUUGCGAUCUGACUUUGAUUGGACCAUCUUAUCUUGAAUGGGGAAAAACCUCGUCUAAAUCAUAUCAAUCACUUUUGUCUCACAAGUUAACCACGACACACUACGUGUAGUGGAUUGCAUUGCUCUUUAUAAAAGUGAAAAUGGCUAAAUUGGAAUUCUUUUCAAUCCAUUUGAGUCUUUCUUUGUUAUUUUCGGUUUGGCAGACCAGCGCUGCUCUCAGUCUGGAAGACCAAGUGAAACGACUAACUGAAAAUUAUGUAAGCUUAAAUGAAGUUGUGGCAACAAAGAAUGUUCAACUAGAAGCCAAAGUUAUGGCACUAGAGACCAAAGUUGCGGCACUGGAGGCCAAAAACGUUGAACUGGAAACCAAAGUUCAGCAUCACGAUAUUUUAGUGGAGAAAUUUGCUCGGCUAGAAAUCGCUCUGCAACAAGCUGAAAGUCAAAGAACAAGUCAAUUAUCCGUAAAAAAUUCUAUGCCCAGAACUUGUCGAGAGGCUCGGGCAGCGGAUCCAUCGCUGAGCUCCGGCAUGUACUGGAUAGAUCCUGACGGCCAAGGUGUUGGGGAUGACCCGAUUUACGUCUACUGCGACAUGGCAAAAGGAUCGACUGCUAUUCCACACGACAGUGAGUCGCCGAUGGAUGUUGGACACUGCGCUGAUCCUGGAUGUUAUUCCAGGACGAUCAGGUACAACGCCAGUAGUCGACAAAUUUCAGCGCUGGCUGAACUUUCCGCCGAAUGCCAUCAGUCAAUUAAAUACGAUUGCAAUUUUGCACCACUGGAACUCAACACCAUCACAUACGCAUGGUGGAAUGACAAAAAUGGAAAUGCCAAAACUUUCUGGGCCGGUGGUAACACGGACGUCCAUCUUUGCCAGUGCGGAUUGGAUGGAAAUUGCGUCGAUUCUUCCACCAAAUGCAACUGCGACUCUGCCGCUCCAGUGCCAUUAACCGAUGAAGGAGUCAUCACUGAUAAGGAAGUUCUGCCCGUCACGAGACUCAAUUAUGGCCGAACUCAACUGGAAACUUCGUCCGGGAUUCAUCAACUAGGACGUUUCGAAUGUACCGGACAAGUGGCCGUCACUGGAAUACCAACUUCGUGUGCAGAUCUAUGGCGGAGGGGACACACCUUGAGCGGAUUAUAUUCCGUCGUGGGAGCUAAAAUGGUUGAAAGGGUCUACUGUGAUUUCACCAAGUUACCAGAUGACGCGGGUUUUCAGCGCUGGAUUGGGUUUGAAGAUGUCAAAUCAUCACCAACUUAUUUUUACGUCAAGAAAACCUCACCAUUUAAUCAAGCUGGAGUUCCAGUUCCAUUCGAGAUUGUGGAAUUGAAUGUAGGAGGAGCCAUGAACGAAACGACCUGGAUUUUCACGGCACCUCGCCCAGGCAAAUAUUUUUUCUCUGCAUCUGGAAUUGCAUUUCUUCCAUCUUCUACCUCUAAGGUUGCUUUAUGGAUUGGGUUGAUGAAGAACGGUAAUCCUAUGUCGUAUGGUUUGGCUGAUGAGUCAAAUACCUCUGGUGAAUACGAGACAUUUUCUCUGCAAUCAACUCUAAGUUUGCAAGCGGGGGAUCAAAUAUGGUUAGAGAUUUUGCAGAUUGACCCUGGGGUAACACUUCAUAACUCACUUAACAGUUACACUCACUUUAAUGGAUUUCUCAUUGAAGAAGAUAUUUCCCAGUCACUGGCCACAUUUGUUUGAUUUCAAUUGAUCCCAAUUAGUAACAAGAAGUUUGGUGUUUGUGGUUGUACGGUGUAGUCCCGGAGUUAUUGGUCUUUUGGUUCUGAGGAAUGUGCAAAUCUUUAAUGCGUGUCGACGUCUAAAUAAAUAUUUGCAAAUAACAUUUAACGAUUCCAACAGCAGUUCAGCAAAAACGAUUUAACUGCGGGAAAUCAUUGGCAUAUUAAUCGAGAUGAACAAUUUUAAAUUUGUUGAUUAUUAGCUGUAGAGCGACAAUAAAUAAUCAUCCACCAUCCGCCACGGAAUCGACGUUUUUACAGCCAAAAGCUUAUAUGCCACUCAUCUGGAUGGUAGAAAAUCUGUUUCAUCC